CCGGGCAACAAGCAGGAAUGGAAAGGAGACGAGGUCUGCCUACCAAGUCCGAGUCUACCGUAAGAGUUCCAGGGCCUUCUCCAUGGCCCACCUCUCAUCUAAGGAAAAGCCUUCAACCCCAGCCCUUGACUCCUUGGCCCUGAGAUUCCGGGGAAGCCAGAAAUUGUCGAUCCUGCCUCUGAACUCAUGGCUGGUGUCCCCAAUAAGGUGGGGACAUGUGUGUCCGAGGGAGGCUAUCCUGCAGGGACUCUUAAUUGGCACUCAGAUGGGAAACCCCUCAUACCUGAUGGCAAAGGAGUGUCUGUGCAGGAAGAGACCAGGAGACACCCUGAGACAGGGCUUUUCACACUCCAGUCGGAGUUGAUGGUGACCCCAGCCUGGGGAGGAGCUCUCCAUCCCACCUUCUCCUGUAGCUUCAGCCCUGGACUUCCCCGGCGUCGAGCCCUACACACGGCCCCCAUCCAGCUCAGAGUCUGGGGUGAGUGGAGGCCCUCAGAGAGGGAAGAGUUAAGCCCAUGGCCACUGAGACCACACACAGGUAUAACUCUCAACUUCAUGCCCUCUGCCCCAGAGCCUGUGCCUCCGGAGGUCCAAGUGAUGGUACAGCCAGAAGGUGGGAAAGUAGUUCCCGGUGGUACCGUGACCCUGACCUGUGAAACCCCUACCCAGUCCUCCCUUCAAAUCCACUGGAUCAAGGAUGGCAUGCCCCUGCACCUUCCCCCCAGCCCUGUGCUGCUCCUGCAUGAGGUGCAGCAUGAGGACCAGGGAACCUACAGCUGCGUCGCCACCCAUCCCAGUCAUGGGCCCCAGGAAAGCCCUGCUGUCCGUGUCGUCAUCGAAGCAGAGGAGGGGCCGAUCGCAGGUGAGGGGUUGGAAGCAGAUGGCCCCAACGUGACUGGGGGAUGGAUGGUCAACAAGAAAGGAAUGGUGAGUGGUGGGGGCCCUCGCUUCUCCCCAUCUCUCUACAGGCUCUGUGGAAGGGCAGGAACUGGGAACUGUAGCCCUCGUCCUGGGGAUCCUGGGAGGCCUGGGGAUAGCCGUCCUGCUCAUUGGGGCCAUCAUGUGGCGAAGACAGCGACGUCGAAGAGAGAAGAGGAAGGCCUCAGAAAACCAGGAGGAGGAGGAGGAGCGCGCAGAGCUGAAUCAGCCAGAGGAGCCAGAAGCAGCUGAGAGCAAUGCAGCAGGGCCUUGAGGGGCGCACAGCUAGACCCCAUCUAUCAGCCCCCUUUUCUCUUCCCCCGGCUCCGUUCUGGCCCCAGAUCAGUUCUCCCCUGUAUAACCUGUAUCCCACCUCACCAAACUUGCUUCCACAACCAGAGCCUCCCAUAGCGAUAAGUAAACACCUCACCCAUUUGCUCUCGUGCACGUGUGUGUGUGUGUGUGUGUGUGUGAGAGAGAGAGACACCCUCACCCCCUGAAUUCUUGAGAGCCUUGAAGAAGAGAGGCUCACCCUCACACCUCCCCACACCACACAGAUAUUUACUCAAGUUGGGGAGAAGAUGCUCCUGUCC